AUGGAGAAAUCAACCAAAACCCAAGUCCUAAAUUCCCAAGAAGAAGCCAAAAAUGAUGCUAGUGAAAAAGGGCAAAACUUCUCUCAGGCAUUCCAACUUGUCACCUCCGCGGCAUUGCCUAUGGUUUUAUACACUGCCGUGAAACUGAAAUUGUUUGAAAUCAUUGCCGAAGCUGGGCAUGAGAAAAAGAAAUUAUCAGCCUCCGAAAUCGCCUCCAAGCUUCAAUCUAAGAACCCAGAAGCCUCUUCUAUCAUAGAUAGAAUGCUUUGCUUGUUAAGUAGCUAUUCUGUGUUCACUUAUGAUGUUGUCGAGGUUGCUUCUUCUGGCGCUGGCGGUGGCAUUCAGUACCAAAGAGUUUACGGGUUAUCUCCGGUCGGCGAGUUGUUCGUGCCGAAUGAAAAGGGUAACACAAUUGCGCAUCUGGUUGAAUUGCUUCAGGACAAGGUUACGAUUGACAAUUGGUACGAAAUGGGAAAUUCCAUUAUUGAAGGAGGUAUUCCGGCGGAUAGAAUACAUGGGAUGUCUCUUUUUGAGUAUGCUGGUAAGGAUGCUAGGUUUAACGAAAUAGUCAACAAGGGAAUGGCUGGUCAAACAAGCAUGACAAUGAAGCAUUUACUUGAUGAGUACAAAGGUUUCGACGACAUUGAAACCCUUGUUGAUGUUGGUGGCGGUAUUGGGACAUCUCUUCAUUCCAUAAUCUCGAAAUAUCCUUCGAUAAGAGGCAUUAAUUUCGACCUACCUCACGUUGUCAAAAAUGCGCCUUCAUGUCCUGGAGUCGAACACAUUGGGGGAGACAUGUUUCAAAGUGUGCCAGAAGGAGAUGCAAUUUUCUUAAAGAGAACUCUUCAUGAUUGGAAUGAUAGUCAGUGUGUGCAACUGCUCAAGAACUGUUUCAAAGCUUUACCUGAUAAUGGAAAAGUGAUCGUUUUCGAAUUCAUUCUACCCUCAAAUCCUGACACUAGUACAAUUUCAAGAAGUGUGUACCAAAUUGAUACCGUCAUGAUGAUUAUUGGAGGCAAAGAGCGAUCAGAAGCAGAAUUUGAGGCAUUAGCUAUUGGUGCAGGAUUCAGAGGCAUAAGGUCAAAAUGUCAUGUGGGUACAUUCGGGGUCAUUGAAAUGUACAAGUAG